AUGCCGCUUAUAAGAUCUGCCAGCUUUAAUUUAUUCACAGAGAUCACUCUCCGUAUAAUAUUGUUUUCAGUAUUUUGCUAUAUGGAGUCCCUGGAUCCGUUCAUAAGAGUGAUACCCCAGUGGGAGCUUGAAAACAAUUGCAAAUACCCUCGUCACGAGUCCUACGUACCGAGUGGCAUGCUAUGGUCUAUAGUGUUAACAGUGCCCUGUGUGCUGUCGUUUGUAGCGUGGGCGUUCCUUAACGACUGCAAUGAUGCUAUGGAGUUGCUCCUCGCCUGGUCGCUUGCUCUUGGAAUAACUGGAACUCUGACAGACACAGUCAAAUUAAUAGUCGGUCGUCCCCGACCAGAUUUCUUCUACCGAUGUUUCCCAGAUGGGAUUCAAACUGCGGACCUCAAGUGUACGGGAGACAUCGCUGAUGUUAUGGAGGGGAGGAAAUCAUUCCCUAGUGGGCAUAGCAGCUUAUCGUUCUGCUCCCUGGGCAUCGUGUCCGCGUGGGCGUGCGGGCGUCUGAGAGCCCUGGGCCGGAGGCGGGGCUCCGCGGCGCGGGUUCUGACCGCACUGGCGCCCCUCGUGGGAGCCGCCUGCAUUGCCCUCUCCAGGACGUGCGACUACCAUCACCACUGGCAAGAUGUGUUAGUGGGAUCGAUCCUGGGGUUAGCGGUUUCGACAUUCUGCUACAGACAGUACUACAAUCCUCUAUCAUCGGAUCUAGCGGGCGUUCCAUACAUAGUCUCAAAGGCGAAUGUAGCAAAAUUCUUCAGUGGAAAACCAGACAUAAGUCCCAUAAAAGAUAUAAAGGAAGAAUCGACACCAUUGUUAAACGGUAAAAAAGAAGAUAAAUGGAUUUAAUGAUAGUUAUUAUUUUAAAUCAGGACGCUAAAGAUUUUAAAAGUUUUUUAUUAUAUACUAUACAA